CGCUCCUGGACCCCCCGCAUCCUCAGGACCCAGAGUUGUGUGACUGUGAGGCGAGGCCUUCCACAGUAGACCAAUCGGGUAAUCCGCACGAGCCCUGAGAUUUCAAUUCCGCCGCUGAUAGUUCUCUUGUUUUCCGCCGUUGAUAGUUCUCUUGUUUUCCGCCUUCGACAGUCAGUCAGUCACACACACAGUCGCAAUUCACCCCUCUUGAUAGAGACAUGGGCAACACGUCAGGAUGCACUGUGGACGACCUCCAGGCUGUAGAGAUGCACCUCUGGUACAAGAAGUUCAUGACGGAGUGCCCAUCGGGUCAGCUCACGAUGCACGAGUUCAAGCAAUUCUUCGGGCUCCGGGGCCUUGAUCCUGAGGCCACUGCCUAUAUCGAGCAGAUGUUUCGCACCUUUGACAUGAACAAGGAUGGCUACAUAGACUUCAUAGAGUACGUGGCUGCCCUGAGUCUGGUGAUGCGAGGCAAGAUGGAGCACAAACUGCGCUGGUACUUCAAGCUUUACGACGUGGACGGCAACGGCUGCAUUGACCGACAUGAGCUCCUCGGCAUCAUAAAGGCCAUUCGAGCAAUUAAUGGAAACGACAGUCAGGAGGCCUCAGCUGAAGAGUUCACCAACCGUGUGUUUGACAGGAUUGAUAUUAACGGAGAUGGGGAGCUUUCACUGGAGGAGUUUGUGGCAGGUGCCCGUAGCGAUGAGGAGUUCAUGGGGGUGAUGAUGAAGAGCUUGGACCUCUCACACAUAGUGGCCAUGAUCCACAGCCGCAGACACAGUAUUUGAGGACCAUGUCCUCAUCCCUGAGCCCCAUACUGCAGUGUUCUCAAUAAAUAACACUUCUUAACCAGGA